UAUUUACAUGCGUACAUCCGCGUACAGCAUUCUUUCUCAUCGCCCUCCACUCGCCUUCAUUACUACCAUAACACCGCGUAGUCUAUUUAUUAUAUAUAUAUAUAUAGUUAUUUAUAUGUCUCACGCGAUUUCUGUUCAUUUUCCACUACUACUCGAUUUCUUUCGAUUUGUUUACUCGAAUAAAAUACGAAAAACUGUUUUACAUAAUGACGCCACCAAUGGAAAGAAUACAAAUUUUGGAAUCGAUUGAAAAGGAUAUUAUCGUAUGUCUGCAGAGCGCAGGGCAAGCUUUUGUAGAGCUGAGUAAAGAAAAGUCUAGUUUAAAACAGGCCGAGGCGCAAACCCAACAGUUCCUGAAAACGUUGGGCCACGUAGAAUCAAAGUUAAGCGAACAAAUCAAUUAUUUAACCCAAGUUUCGACAGGUCAACCGCACGAAGGCUCUGGGUAUGCGAGUCAAAAAGUUUUGCAAAUGGCAUGGCAUAGGUUAGAACACGCACGAAGCAGAGUGAACGAAUUAGAACGUAUUAAGAACAAACCAAGAUGAACAUCUAAAAGUAAUUUUUUUCUCGACAAAUUACUGCAUCCAUGCAUCCAUUCAUUCAAAUUUUAAACCUAAUGGCCAAAUCGAGCCGAUGAGUAUCAAAAUAAUUCGUAUUAAUCGUUGUAUUCCUAGAGUAAUCUUCUACCAUUUUGCUGCCAGUAUUCGCGGUAUUCGUCAUCCGCGAAAGGGUCCGCAAGUACUACUUAGUGCAUAUACACGUAUGUACAUAUGUCGGAAUGAACUGUGUAUACAUAUAUCCAUGUUUUCGGGUCUAUUAUACAGAGUUUCAUUAUUAAUUCAAUAAAAAUCUUUUAAUUAUGA